CUAAACAGGUGGAAAAGAACGUUGAUCUUCAGUCGUUCAUCGACACCACAACAGACGAGCUGAUUUAUCCUGAGCUCCGACAUCGAUCUUCAUCCGCACUAAUGCAGCGUUUCGCUUUUCGCAGCGGUCUUCCAUCUACCGUCAACUGGCGCCCCCUGCUGUGUGUAGCCGGGGCUGCCGCCGCCGCGGCGACCAUUUAUUAUUUUUCCAGACGGAGGAAUCGGCAGAGGAGCAGAGAGGAGGCAGAAGAGCUGACCGUCAUCGAAGCACCUGUGGCUGUAUGCUCUCAACAUGAGCCUAUUGCACCUCCUCAAAGUCCUCUGAGGCCACCUUCCCCACCUCAGUCACCACUGAGGACUCCUUCAAACCCAGGAUUUUCCUGUCCAACUGCUCCUGAGGCAGCUGGAGAUGAUGCAGCACCCCAGAGCCAUCCAUCGGCACCCUCUUCACUGGUGCCACUGGCUGAGCCUCAGCCUGACCCAGGGUCUCCUAGUGAGAGAGCUGCUGAGGUAGCUGGAGAUGAUCCAGCACCCCAGAGCCAUCCAUCGGCACCCUCUCCACCGGUGCCACUGGCCGAGCCUCAGCCUGACCCAGGGUCCCUUAGUGAGAGUGCUGCUGAGGCAGCUGGAGAUGAUGCAUCUUCCCUGAGCGAGGAAUGGUUACCUCCACACGUUACACCUGUGGCACCCUCUCCACCUCAGCCUCAAGGAGACCCAGCAUCCACAGAGCAGAGUGCUCCUGAGGCAUCUGGAGAUUCGGCAUCUCCUCAGAGCCGACAAAUUUCUUGUCCCCAGGCUCCGCCGCUGCCACCCUCGCCACCUCAUUCAGCACCCGAGCUGCCUUCUUCCACCCAGAGUGCUCCUGAGGCAGCUGGAGAUCUCACUGUGCCUCGUGAGGCGUAUCAAGUGCCCGCUUUGUAUACCUACUUUGCCAUGAAGAGUCCCAACUUUCCUCUCAGGCUCGCAGCAUUGCGCCAGGCUUUCACUCUUGUUCUGAGCAACAGCCACCAUGCAAAAUACAUCAGCAUAGCAGGCAGAGUCCUUCUUGGUGGACUGGCUGCUCGAAAUGCCAGGGAGCUUCCAGCCUUCCAGGAGGCAUAUGCUCGCCUGGUGGCCUUUGCUCAGGAUGCCUCACAUCAUGAAGCUAUUUGCACUGAGCUGGCGCAAGUUGGGAUUCAGCACUUCAACCUCUUAGACGUUGUCUUUGAGCUGGUUCUUAUGGGAGUGCUGCAGGGAGCGAGGCCUCCGAUCUAUCCAACACCAGGAGGUUUCCUUGGGCACUUGGUGGACAUGAUUUGUUCUUUCAGUCCUGUCAGCACGCAGAGGAGACCCAGGGCUGACAAGUACUUGUUCCUGCUCCUGGAUGAGGCAAUGCUCCUGCUGGAGGAGAUCUUUGGCAGAGAGGAGCAUGUUUAUAUGGACCCUGGAUCCCUGGCCCUCACUCUGUGGGACUGCCUGGAGAAACAUGUCCAGCAGCUGUUGGCGAGACUACAGGGCGUUUAACAUCUCUGCCUUUCUUAAAACACAACAUAUAUAGUUUAAUUGUUUCAUUUUUAUUAAUCACACCAGUAUAAUAUUUGUAAUUUUAAGUAUGCUAUUAAGUGCACUGUAUACUGUGUUGCCAGCUGUUCGGUUUAUCUACCUUGGACCUACAUUUGUGACCAUUUUAUGACCCAUUUGUUUUGUGAAACAGCUUCCCUU